AGCUUCAGUCAGCGCUCACUCCUUAUCAGACAUGAGAGAAUCCACACAGGAGAGACGCCCUACACAUGCUCUGAGUGCGGGAAAAGCUUCAAUCGGCGCUCACACCUUAUCACACAUCAGAGAAUCCACACAGGGGAGACGCCCUACACGUGCGCUGAGUGCGGGAAACGCUUCCGUCAGCGCUCACACCUUAUAUCACAUCAGAGAAUCCACACAGGGGAGACACCCUACACGUGCGCUGAGUGCGGGAAAAGCUUCCGUCAGCGCUCACACCUUAUCACACAUCAGAGAAUCCACACAAGGGAGACGCCCUACACGUGCGCUGAGUGGGGGGAAAGCUUCAUUUGGCGCUCAAACCUCAUCACACAUCAGAGAAUCCACACGGGGGAGACGCCCUACACGUGCGCUGAGUGCGGGAAAAGCUUCAGUCGGCGCUCAAGCCUUAUCACACAUCAGAGAAUCCACACAGGGGAGACGCCCUACACGUGCACUGAGUGCAGGAAAAGCUUCAAUUGGCGCUCAAACCUUAUCACACAUCAGCGAAUCCACACAGGGGAGAUGCCCUACACGUGCUCUGAGUGCGGGAAAAGCUUCAGUCAGCGCUCAAACUUUAUCACACAUCAGAGAAUCCACGGGAAAAGCUUCAAUGGGAGCUCAGACCUUGUCACUCAUCAGAGAAUGCACAGAGGAGAGAGACCCUACAUGUGCUCCGAGUGCGGGAAAUGUUUCAAUCAAAGUUCUGCCCUUAUCACACAUCGGAGAAUCCACACAGGAGAGAAACCUUAUGGAUGUUCUGAGUGUGGGAAACGCUUCACUGAUAGUUCAGCCCUCAUCUCACAUCAGAGAAUCCACACGGGGGAGAAGCCCUACAAGUGCUCGGAGUGCGGGAAAUGCUUCAAUUGGAGCUCACACCUUAUCACACACAGGAGAAUCCACACAGGUGAGAAACCUUAUGGAUGCUCUGAGUGUGGGAAAAGCUUCAAUACAGAAUCAUCCCUUUCUGUUCAUCAGAGAAUCCACACAGGGGAGAGGCCCUUUGAAUGCCAUGAGUGUGGGAAAAGCUUCACUAGCAGCUCAGCCCUUUCUGUUCAUCAGAGAAUCCACACAGGGGAGAGGCCCUUUGAAUGCCGUGAGUGUGGGAAAACCUUCAAUCGCAAAUCUUACCUUGUCACUCAUCAGAGAAUACACAGAGGAGAGAGACCCUACAUGUGCUCCGAGUGCGGGAAAAGCUUCAGUCAGAGCUCUACCCUUAUCACACACUGGAGAACCCACACUGGAGAGAAACCCUACAUGUGCUCUGAGUGCGGGAAAUGUUUCAAUCAAAGCUCUGCCCUUAUCACACAUCGGAGAAUCCACACAGGUGAGAAACCUUAUGGAUGUUCUGAGUGUGGGAAACACUUCAUUGAUAGUUCAACCCUCAUCUCACAUCAGCGAAUUCACACAGGAGAGAGACCCUACACGUGCUCUGAGUGUGGGAAAAGCUUUAGUCGGCGCUCACACCUUAUCACACAUCUUAGAAUCCACACAGGAGAGACGCCCUACACAUGCUUUGAGUGCGGGAAACGCUUCACUGAUAGUUCAGCCCUCAUACCACAUCAGAGAAUCCACACAGGGGAGAUGCCCUAUACAUGCUCCGAGUGCGGGAAACGCUUCAAUUGGAGCUCACACCUUAUCAUACACAGGAGAAUCCACACAGGUGAGAAACCUUAUGGAUGCUCUGAGUGUGGGAAAAGCUUCAUUGAUAGUUCAACCCUCAUCUCACAUCAGCGAAUUCACACAGGAGAGAGACCCUACACGUGCUCUGAGUGUGGGAAAAGCUUUAGUCGGCGCUCCCACCUUAUCACACAUUGUAGAAUCCACACAGGAGAGAAGCCCUACACGUGCUCUGAGUGUGGGAAAAGCUUCAAUUGGAGCUCACACCUUAUCAGGCAUCAGAAAAUCCACGUAAGAGAGAACUGU